UGCACAUCCACUACUUUAGACUCUUAGAACUAUUCAAAUAAUUACAAAUGCUGUUAUAACCUGUGUGGACAAAUGUUAAAGCAUUCAUUUUACAAAUUCAACAUUUUUAUCUUUAGUUUGGUUUUCCAAACAUGGGCAUGUAAGAGAAAUAUUAUCCGCCUAGACCAAGACUUAACUUUGACUUGUUCAAAGGACAAACAAGGUGAAUGACAGUUAGUAACAACUGUAUAUUCUACCAGUCUAUCAAUCUACUAGGUUAUUUAUCUCAGAAAUCUACUAGCUAUUUGAAUGUAGAUUACUUUGGCCCUCUUCCAGUUACGUGUCACAAACUUGGAGGAUGCUUCUGAACAUAUUGGAGAAGUUCUGAAGUGUGCAAAGAACAAGCACCUUGAAGAAGCAUGCUAGAUGAAGGACUGGGUGGUGAACCAGAUAUGAUGACUGCAACAAAGAUGGUCCUCCUUGACUGGCAAAUGUAUAUGCUUCUAUGAAUGGUCAAUCUCUAGGGUGGUGAACCAGAUAUGAUGACUGCAACAAAGAUGGUCCUCCUUGACUGGCAAAUUAAAGAGGCAAAUCGUCCUUCCUUGUUCCUGCCUCAUCAAUGGGAUGAUGGCUUGUCAGAAUCACAUACUAUGCAUGGAAUAGAUGAAGAGACGGUGGCUAAUGAUAGUCAGGCAUACCUGCAGCAACACGUGAAGCCAUCACAAAUGUAAUCUCAAUCCAGCAGCAAAGAAGUUUACCAGUACUUAAGGAUCUCUAUUCUCUUUAGUGAGAAAGAACUAAAGGAUGAGAAAGCCAACGAAGUCCCUAAAUGAGAGGGAGAUACCAAGUUCCAGCAGCUGAGCUAGACGUAUGCCUGGAAGAAAACAUGGCUCUCUUUUUGUAGUUUUGGAAUUAUUGUUUUCACAUCCAGCAUAUUUUUGUUCUUCCAAGAUGAUGAGUUCUAGUUAUUUAUCAUGUAAAAUUAUCCUUGAAUAUUCUGGGAGUUAAUCCGUGGAGGCAUGGAAUGACAGUUUGUAUGAUACACAUGGAAAGAUGAAUCAACAUUCAGAAACAGGGUGGCCCAAGUAAUGAAAAAAAUCAUUCAAGUUUU